AUGGCGCCGAAGAAGUUGCUCAGUGCAACAACUACGACAUUCUCUCAUACGUUCUGUGCUGAAAAUCCAAACAAGCUCGAUGACGUGUAUUCCGUCGAAAAGAAGCCUCUGGGAGAGGGCUCUUACGGGCAGGUUUGCAAAGGUGUGCAUAAAGACACUGGAGCUGUUCGUGCCAUCAAGGCCAUCAACAGACAUAAGAUCUCCGACCCCGCUCGGUUCCAGGUGGAGGUGGAUAUACAGUCUUCCUUGGAUCACCCAAACAUCGUGAAACUAUAUGAAGUUUUCCAAGAUGCAAAGCGGUUCUACCUUGUCAUGGAGAUCUGCUCCGGUGGAGAGCUUUUUGAGCGAAUUGUAGCCGAGUCUGAAAAGCAUGAUGGGGCUCGCGCUUUUGAUGAGCGCGGUGCGGCAACCUACAUGCAACAGAUAUUGGGUGCCAUGAGCUACCUGCACAAGAACAAUUUUGUCCACCGGGACAUCAAGCCCGAGAAUUUUCUCAUGCAGAACACGGAUGCCAACGCCGAGAUUAAGGUGAUUGACUUCGGUCUUGCGAAGCACUUCGUUCCUGGCAGCGGGUCGUCCAUGAAGACGCGAGCUGGCACUCCGUAUUAUGUGGCCCCCCAGGUGCUGAGCGGUGCAUACGAUGAGAAAUGCGACAUUUGGAGUUGCGGUGUGAUCUGCUACAUUCUCAUGUGCGGUUAUCCACCGUUCUAUGGCGAGAAAGACAAGGAGAUUCUUGCAAUGGUCAAGAAAGGAGAGGUCAAGUUUGAUCCGGCUGACUGGUCCGACGUAUCCAGUGAUGCCAUCGAGUUCAUCAAGCUGAUGCUGACCUACGACCCACGCCAGAGGCCCACGGCCGCUACGCUUUUGACCCACAAGUGGCUCACGGCCUCUGUCAGCGCGCCGGUGGGGGCCGUGGCCAAGGAUUUGGGUCACAAGCUGAAGCGCUUCCAGAGCAACUCCAGGAUGAAGAAGGUGGCUUUGACCCUCAUAGCUCAGCAGCUCAAAGACGAUGAUCUCAAGGAGCUCCGAGACACUUUCAUACAGCUCGACAAGAACAGGGAUGGAACUUUGAGCUUAGAAGAGAUUCAGACUGGCAUGAGGACUGCAAAAGCAGACCUGCCAGAUGACAUUGUGCAGAUAGUGAAGAACCUCGAUACAGAUGGGUCUGGAAACAUAGACUAUACCGAGUUCAUGGCAGCUACGUUGACCAAGAAGCAGUACUUGAGGCGAGAAGUGAUGUGGGCGGCCUUCCGUGUCUUCGACACCAAUGGUGAUGGCGUCAUUACCAAGGACGAGCUGGCGAAGAUUCUGAAGGAAGAGGACAACAUGGCCUACAUCGAGAAAAUGGUGCAAGAUGUCGAUUUGGAUUCCAAUGGCGAGAUCAGCUUUGAUGAGUUCUGCAAGAUGAUGGAGAAAGAUUCUGCAGGAAUCCUGAGUGGAGCAGCGCAAGCAGAAGACAGGAUGUUACCUGAAGUGUAG